CCGUUAAAUGUUGACGUUUCGCCAAUAGCAAUACGCCAGUCGCCGCCCGCCGCGCCAGUCCAGUGAAUCCAAAUUUUGAUUUGAAUAGUGACCACCCAAAUUUCCAUGGGAGAGAGUAUUUUAUAGAAGAAGAAGAAGGUCUCGUUUGUUAAAAAUAAAGGUUUUAAUCAUUUCGGUCUGUUUUGUGAUUAUAAUCCACUUUAUUUAAUUUUAUAUAAUUAUGACGUCGGAUGAUGUUAGAAAACGCAAACUCAACCAGAAUGAAUCGUUUGAAAGGGCAACAAGCCGAAGAAAGUCCUCAGGACCUUCAGGAAAAGCAACGAGCAAUCUUAAACUUUCGUUCCUCUGUUUGAUAGUAUCUGCUUUCCUGCUAUUAAUUGUUUUAGGAGUUUAUAUGGAUUCCAUGAGUCCUAUUUUUGAAAGGAUUGCAUCUAAAUUUGGUUAUGAUAAGACACAGUAUGCCAUCAUUAUUGACGCUGGAUCGACCGGAAGCAGAGUCUUGGCUUACAAGUUCCAUAGGAGUCUUAUUGACCAUAAACUGAUUUUAGAUGAAGAAAUCUUCAAGGAGCGAAAACCGGGUCUCUCUUCAUUCGCCGAUUCUCCGGUGAAGGGAGCAAACACUAUAAAACUGCUUCUAGAUGAAGCUAAAGCUUUUAUUCCCAAAGAAAAAUGGUCUGAUACACCAUUGGUGUUGAAAGCUACUGCAGGACUCAGAUUGCUGCCACAAGUAAAAGCAGAAAAUCUGCUGAACGCUGUGCGAGAUUUGUUUGCAAAAUCUGAGUUUAAUGUGAACGAAAAUGCCGUUGAAAUUAUGGAUGGUACAGAUGAAGGAAUAUUCUCGUGGUUCACAGUUAAUUUCUUGCUAGGACGUUUAGCUAAAGCAAACCAAGCCGCCGCUUUGGAUUUGGGUGGUGGCAGUACUCAGGUUACAUUUUCCGUACCUGACCCAGAACAAGUUCCAAUUUAUGAAAAAUACAUACAUCCAGUACAAACAGUCAACAAGCAAAUACAUGUUUUCACACACAGUUAUUUGGGCCUUGGCUUGAUGGCUAUAAGGCAUGCAGUGUUUACUCGUAAUUACAAAAAGGGUGAUACUGUUUUGGAGAGCUCGUGUUUAAAUCCUAUUAUUCACAAUAAAACUUGGACUUAUUCAAAUAUUGAAUAUAAAAUAAGUGGCAAAGAGAAUUCCAAAUCAACACUAGAAAAUCCUGUUGUCGACUUCGAAGAUUGCUUAGAGUUGGUUAAGAGUCAAGUUAUGCCUCUUAUUAAACCAAAACCUUUUACUCUGAAGCAACAUACUGUUGCAGCGUUCAGUUACUACUUCGAAAGAGCCACUGAGUCUGGUUUAAUUGAUCCUUUUGCUGGUGGUGAAAUCACCGUUGAAGAUUUCCGCAAAAAAGCUCGAGAAGUGUGUGCCAUUCCAAAUGAUGAUCAGCCAUUCAUGUGCUUCGAUCUUACAUAUAUCUCCAUUCUAUUACGAGAAGGAUAUGGACUUUCAGAUACAAAGAAAAUAAAGUUAUAUAAAAAAAUUGACAACCAUGAAAUUUCAUGGGCACUUGGAUGUGCUUAUAAUGUCCUCACUAGUGAUGAGCGUUUCCAAGCAUAAAAUAAAGUUGAAGUUAAAAAAGGAACAAGCAAUGGUGCCUUAUAAAAUGAAAAAUGUCUGUUAACCGUGCACAUUUGAUCUACAAGAAAUUGACUUGUCUCUAAUUUUCGACUGUCUUAAAACAACGAUGCACAAGCGCCCUGCGUUAAUUCAUCACUCCAUCAAAAUUCACCGAUUCAUUCACAAAAACAAUUUGACAAAUAGUGCUAGAACCGGAAAAAAUCACUUUUUGUAAAUAAAAUUUUUGAUGCAGUACCACAAAAUAAUUCCACAUCUCCGGUGCAAUAAUAUUGUAUAUAUGUAUUUUGUCAAUAAGUUAAAAAUACAGUAAAAAAAUUUACAAAAUAAAAAGACCUGCAAUCAAAAAAAAAAAAGAAAAA